AUGGGUGAGCAAACCCAAAUUCAAGCUCAAACCCAAACCCAAUCUCAGUCCAAUCAAUCCCAACCUAAUUCUGAUCCCACCACCACCUCCACCUCUUCUCAAUCGCAGCCUUCCGUUGCAACAGAAACCCCGAACGAUCUUUCCCAAAAUCCCUCAAACGCUUCGAAAAUCCCAAUCAGACCCCAAAAAAUCAGAAAACUCUCAUCAAACACUUCCGUCGACACUCCCGAACAGAAACCUCAAAUCACCGACUCCUCCUCCUCACAAUCCCUUGUUAUUGCCCCGAUCUCCACCGCCACCGCCACCGCCACCAGUACUACCAGGGCCAGGCGACGAAACCCUUGCCUAUCCUCCAAGUCUUUGCCCAAAGUUAUCAAGCCAUUAUCUGCAGAUGGCGAGAUCGAACUUGCUCUCCGCCACCUCCGGGCCGCUGAUCCCCUCAUCGCCACCUUAAUCGACACCCACCCACCACCCACAUUCGAGUCUCACCACUCACCAUUCCUUGCUCUAGCCAAAAGCAUUCUCUACCAACAAUUAGCCUACAAAGCCGGUACUUCAAUCUAUACUCGAUUCAUCGCUCUCUGCGGUGGUGAAGACCAUGUUCUCCCUGACACCGUUCUUUCCCUCUCAAGCCAACAGCUCAAGCAAAUCGGAGUGUCGGGCCGAAAAGCCAGUUAUCUAUAUGACCUCUCUAAUAAGUAUAAAAAUGGGAUUUUAUCCGAUGACUCGGUGGUCAAAAUGGAUGAUAGGUCAUUGUUUACGAUGCUUUCCAUGGUGAAGGGAAUUGGGUCUUGGUCUGUUCACAUGUUCAUGAUUUUUUCACUGCAUAGACCAGAUGUUUUGCCAGUAAGUGAUUUGGGUGUGAGGAAAGGGGUUCAGCUCUUGCAUGGUAUGGAGGACUUGCCCAGACCGUCACAAAUGGAGCAGCUUUGUGAGAAGUGGAUGCCAUAUCGGUCUGUUGGGGCAUGGUAUAUGUGGAGGCUUGUGGAAGGAAAGGGGAAUCCGAAUGCUGGAGUGGCGGUGUCAUUAGAGGGUAGUGGUGUCUUGCCACUGCAACAAAUAGAGCCCCUGCAAGAGGCCCAGCAACAACAUCAAUUGCAGCUUCUGGAGCCUAUUAAUGGAAUCGGGAAUCUUGGGUGAUUGCCUCUUGCUCUAAUUCAUGGCUAGUUUAUGUGCAUAAGAAUUUAUUGUUUUGCAUUUAGAUGCAUCUGUGAGUGCAUAAGAAUUUAUUGUUUUACUGCUUCAUAUUGUUUUCAAUCUUGUUAUCUGUUUAUGAUUUGUAUUUGCUACACCUGUAGUUCUUAUUCUGUCAUGAACUAUGGUGGGGGAUACUUUCACUGUUUUCUUAUCUUCGUCUUUGUGCUAUCAAUUUUGUUGUUUUUUAAGGGAUGUAAGUCUGUGUCUUGUAAUUACUAUUGCCAAAAUGCAUUCCAUCCUUGAAACAAUUGCUGUGUGUAACUGCUGCUUGAUUGAUAAAAGAACUACUUUGCUGAGUUGGAUUUCUGAAACUGCUCUAAGCUUAUUUAUGUUAGAUUAUAGCCAUGACAUCAGAUAUCCCAAUAUAGAUGAUUAUUUUUUUCCAUAUUUAAAAAGAGUAAAUAUUUAAAAAAUAAACAGUAACGUUGAUAAGAAGAUCUAGUUGAGGAUUUAUCUUGUUUAUAGUCGAAGUCUAAUAUACUGAAGUUCAACAUUCAUUUAUUCUUUCUUGACCUGAAUUAGAAAGGGGCAAGUGGAUUUAUGGGAAAAUAAUAGUUAUAAAGUGUUAUUGCCAUCGAGUUGAAUGGUCUUCUUUUACUAUGAUUUGUUUGCCAUUUGAUUUCGACCUCAAUAUUGUGAUAUGAUCAACACGAAGCAUAAGUUUUACGUGUUAAAUCAGAUAUUUUAUUCUCUAAACAUCUUAGUUAUUGCAAAAUAUUCUCACAUGAAACUCCUCUCAGUAUAAUUAUGAGUUGGGAGGUGAUCUCAAUAAGAUCGAUAUUGUGUUUGAAUAUCAAGUUGUAGGGUGGAUCUAUGGGAGCUUGUUUGUGUGUCUAAGGAGACGAGGCUCGUAGGUCAUACAUACUUCUGCGUUGGUAAAGUUUUCCUGGGCAAAUGAUUUUUUGAGUUAUGAUUUUCAGGAGUAUAUUUGUGGAGACAGGUGAUAGCAUGGAAGUACGGAUUCAUCAUGAGUGUAUCUUUUUUGAAUGAAGUUUAGAGAUGGUGGGUUUUGGGAAAUUAUAAGUCGAAAUCAUUGAGGACUUAGUUUAUGUGUAUGUUCCCUGAUCUGGAUUUAGUGGAAAAAUUUCUUACAAACAUUAUUUUGUGGCAUAUCCCUCUUGCAUUCUUCCAUUAUGGAAGAUAACAAGGCUUAGUGGACACAUAUAAAUUCAAUUGCGAGAAGCUGCACCGUUUUUCCCAUUUUGUGAAGAUUAGGGUUUUAAUUUUACCCGUGUUGUAUAAGUCAUGCCCAUGCUAGCACUAGGCUUAACGUGCUCGGGGCGUACCUCUUUUGCCUCAACUAGCUUCAGAUGGGGCAACUUUGAUCAGAUGGAUGCCUCACACACUUCAGGGAUUAAGCCCAAGGCACAGAGACACUCAUUUUUCAAUUACCUUUGAGACGUCAAUAUACUUUGAGCGACACAAUUGAUCUCUAUAAGAAAGAUAUUCAUGAAAGCGAUGAGUGGUGCUUGGGAGGAUGGCUGCAUCAUCACAUGAAGAUGAUGAGUCUAUGUUUGGCUAUGAUUUUUAUUUUUUAAAAAUAAUCUUAGUCGAAAAUAAUUACCAGUGAGUGGAGAGGCCUACAAGAUACAUAUAUUAGUUCAUGAGGUGUUAUUUGAUAAUAAACUCUAGUAGUACUCUCCAGUAGGUGUAACCCCCACAUGUAGAUGGAGAGAGAAAUAGAAGAAUCAGAAGGCAAGUACAUAGCCAUAGCAAGUGAUCACAUGGUAUAAACAAAGGGGAAUCCAUUACCAAAUUGGUAAAAUUGGAUCUUGCCAAACCUCUUUGAGCAUAGGUAUGAGACCAUGUUAAAAUAUGUUAUUAAAAACCAAUUAACUAUGAGUGGAGGCGCUCAUAAUGACCCUAUAGUAGUUUUGUAGGUGUUAUUUUAUCGAAAUAGGAUAAAUUCUAACAUCUUUGAUUUGAGGUGAUGUUGCUUUAGCUUCUAGAGUUGGAGAAAAUAGCUAGCGAACUACAACAUCAACUUCUAGGAUAACACCAAAGGUGUUAAGAUCAUAGCUACGCUUAUGAGGAAGAGACAAUUUCAAAUGAGGUAGAGGACUAAGAUGUGGAGAGAUAUAAAUCUUGUAAUGAUGAAGAGGAUGAUUUUGAGGUCAUAAUGAAAGGUGGAAGCUUGAACUGAAUUCUUAGUUGUUUUGACUGUUUGACGUGUAUGCUUUCAUAUGUUAUGAACUUAAGAUAUUUGUGGUGUUUGAUUGAAUUUAGAUGUCAAUGCUUUUAUGGAAUUUGAAUAUAGAAUUUUAAAAGUUGAAACUUUGAUGCUCUAUAAGUUAUAGUUGUGAUUGUAGUUUUUAUGCCUUGCUUGAAAGAUUUGCCAAUAAAAAAAUAUUUACUUCUUAUUUUCAUUGUUUGCUUUGCUUCAAUGAAGCCCUUAAAUUGAUUAUCGCCUCUCGCCUAAAACUAAAGAAACCUGACUUGGUUCACCUUACGCAUAAAUAGCACUUGAAUUUACGGACGCCAUUGGAUGCUUGAUAUUAUAAGAACUUCGACAUGGGAGAAUGUGAUACAGUUGGAAGGGCAUCCUUCUUUUUGUUCUCGAGAGGAUUUGUUUUUAAUUAUAAGAUAUUUCCACUGAUGAUGAUGUUCCCAGUCCAAAUGAAUCUUUCAGUUAUCUUACCAAAGUUUGUUUGGUCUUCUUACACCCAACUUCAGGUGGCAUUCCUCACUUUGUUGAUCAUCAGACCUCGCGAACUAGUAUGUGAACGUGGAAUACUUGAUUUGGAGUACUUGGAUAACUCCAAAAACUAAUAUUGGUGGAGCAUGUUGUUUCCUGUGAUGUUUGAUCUGCAAAAUUGGGAGUAAAAUACAUGCAAAAACAUAAUGAAUGAUUGAGUACAUUUUUAUAGCUUAGAAAUGAUUUCUUUAUAAGAGAGGCCGCUACGGGUCUACGACAAAUAUGAACAAGAGCUAGAAUUAAGGGAUUGGACAGUAAUAGCAGAGGGGGUGCCUGUUUAUAUUGGACAGGAUUUGCUGGCUUAGAAAACUGAGUAGCUAGUAGAUUAAACAAAAAAUUGUCAAAUACCCACAACUCCAACUAGUGCAUUUCAGGGGGCGUUUGGAGGCGGGGGG